AUGGAUAUAGACUCCCCAUGGGGCGGCUCUACAACAACAGCGAAACCAGCCUCGAGUGGACCACGAUCUUCCGCAUCGAGAAAGAUUCCCGCUCGAAAAAUCGAAGUCCAACCGACGAAGCUUGAGGCUGUGGACGAUGCUUUUGAUCCUCUAGGUCCGCUAGGCGCUGACCCUACACCUGCCGCUUCCUCGAUAUCUACGGACCAAGGCCCGACCCCUCCGAGAAAAGAACUCAGUGCGAGAACGACCAGACCACUCUCCGCGACUUCUCCGGGACUUUCAACCUCGGAUUUCGAAGAUACUACCCUUCCCGUAGGUAGAACCAAGGGGCCCCCUCCAGUGCAACCCCAGACCCCUGGCACAUCUCGACAGACACAACCCAGCGUUAGUGUUGAACAGGCUGCAAAGCCAACAUUUGAAAUCUUGGUAGGAGAUCCGCACAAGGUUGGAGAUUUGACUAGCAGUCAUAUCGUAUACCAGGUUCGCACAAAGACAACCUCAAAAGCCUACAAGCUCCCUGAAUUUGCCGUUUCCAGGCGGUACCGAGAUUUUCUAUGGCUGUACACCACUCUCCACAACAAUAAUCCCGGGGUGGUGGUGCCCCCUCCACCGGAGAAACAGGCGGUCGGCCGAUUUGACACCAAUUUUGUAGAAUCCAGACGUCAGGCAUUAGAACGAAUGCUGAACAAAAUCGCCAGUCAUCCCAUUUUACAUCAUGAUGCUGAUCUCAAGAUCUUUCUCGAAAGCGAAUCUUUCAAUAUUGAUGUUAAAAAUAAGGAAAACCGGGAACCGGACCUGGGCCAAAACAAGGGCAUGUUCAGUUCGCUCGGAAUUAGUGUUGGCGGAUCAAGCGGAAAGUUCGUUGAACAUGACGAUUGGUUCCACGACCGAAAAGUCUACCUUGAUGCACUCGAAAACCAGUUGAAAGCUUUAAUGAAAGCUAUAGACGCUGUGGUAGCUCAACGAAAGGGUCUGGCUGAAGCAGCCGGAGAAUUUGCUGUUUCGCUAGGUAACCUGGCGCAAGUGGAACUCUCGCCAGUAUUCUCCGGGCCACUACAAGCGCUGUCAGACGUGCAAGUGCGAAUUCGGGAGCUGUAUGAGCGCCAAGCUCAUACGGAUGUCCUGACUUUGGGUAUCACGAUUGACGAAUACAUUCGCUUGAUCGGCAGUGUUAAACAAGCGUUCUCACAACGACAAAAGGCAUUUCACUCAUGGCAUGCCGCGGAAAGUGACCUGGCUAAACGAAGAAGCGCUCAUGACAAGCUUAUGAGGCAGGGGAAAAGCCAGCAAGAUAAAUUGAAUGAAGUGGGCGCAGGAGUGAGUGAUGCAGAAAAGAAGGCUCACCAGGCUAGAUUACUGUUUGAGGACAUGGGUCGUUUGAUGAGAGGUGAAUUGGAAAGAUUCGAACGAGAGAAGGUCGAGGAUUUCAAGAGCGGAGUAGAAACCUUCCUUGAGGGCGCUGUUGAGGCACAGAAAGAGCUGAUCGAACUGUGGGAGACGUUCCUCUUGCAGAUGGAUACAGAAGAGGAAGCUCCUCUGAGACCACCUCAACCAGGGCCUGGUUCAGGUGCAGACAGGACCGGUGGCUCCGACCGGACUGAAGAUUCUUCUACGACACACCAAGCCGUAUCACACGACGAUAGACCUGCAGUUACAACACCAUCAGAUGUGGCAUUAGAGCAGGGUUCAUGA